GCUCCUCCUCCGCGCCCGGCCUGGCGGCGGGGCCGCUCCAGACACCUCGUAGGUCCCGGGAAGGAGGAAGCGCAGGCCCGGGCGGCUGCCUGGGUGAGGGGUGCGGCCGCCCGCAUGGAGCCCAACGUGCGCUUCUGGAUCGCCCAACGCCAAUCUUUUGUUCAACGAUUUCUUCAAUGGACAGAACUGUUAGAUCCUUUGAAUUUGUUAGUUUCAGCUGAAAAAAUAGAAGAAGCAAGGCAGCUGUUGUUCACCAAUGAGGAUGCAUCCAGACACGCCUUGGAGGACCAAACGAUACAAGAAGCUUGGAAAACGAGUCUUUCAACAGUGCAUCCCGACAGCGGCAGACCGAUCCCCACUCUCUUUCGACCUGCAGCCUUCCUGCCUCUCACGAUGCCCUCGGUAUUUUUGUCUAUGAUACCAGCAAAAGGAAUGAUGUCCGUUGUUUUACCUCAGGUUUCCUUGCAUGCUUACACGACGGCAUUCAACGUCAUCAACGGCAACCAGAGUUACAGUCGUCAUAUGCCAGAAAGUAUGAUGCUAGGGGCAGGAGUAAUUUUUUCUUCAACCUUCUUUGGGCUCAUUCCUUAUUUGGUCCAAAUGAAAUAUUCCCUGGAUAACCCUUUGAUCAAAAGAGCCUUACCUGUCGCCAUUCUCGCCCACGUCAGCGCCAUGAACAUCUUUGCGUCCCGGGGUUUUGAGCCCGUUCGAGGGAUUGAGGUCAUGGACAAAGAAGGCAAUGUCAUAGGCCAUUCCAGAAGAGCCGGGAGAAAGGCCGUCCGGGAAACAGCUGUAUCCAGGGCGGUGCUGUUUGGGACCUCUUCUCUCGUUCCUGAAGUCUUCACCUACUUUUUCAAAAGGACCCAGUUUUUCCUGAAAAAUGCAUGGUCGUUAUGGCCUGCAAAGCUGUCUUGCACCAUCCUGAUGAUGGGACUGAUGGUGCCAGUGUCCUUUAGCAUGUUUCCGCAGAUCGGGCGGAUACAGUGCAGUAAUCUUGAAGAGGAAAUUCGGUCUUCAACGGAAGAAACAGAACUGUACUAUAACAGAGGGGUGUAGGGGGAGUUUUGGUGAAUUUGUUCCUGCUUGAAAACCUGUCAAGGUUUUGAGGACUCUGCCGAAGGUUGGGACCGAGAGGCGUCUGCGCUGACGGCGUGACUUAAGGCUGCACGUGUCUCGGCUGUUUCCAGGCUGCUGUGUCUUUAAGGCUGGCCACAGAAGACAGUGGGAGGGUGUCCUGUCUUAACACCCCAGUAGGGCUGCUGAGACCUCACCAUAGGGUGAGGACCAGCCUGUGAAAUCACUAAUAAACUGGUCUCAAGUUGAGUAUUUGAAGAAAUAAAGGCAAAGGGUCCACCAUGCCCAGGACACAGGCUUGAAGUUGCUAGCCUGGCUCAGGAUAAACAUGACCCGUCUGGGAAGCUGUUUAAGGCCUCCAACCCCAAAGCAAUCCUGUUUCCCUACUCGGCUUACCCAAUUCUAGACAACUGCUUAAAAUCUUUGCCACCCUCCACCCUGGGCCUUUCCCCUCACUGGCGAAGGACCCCGUCUCCUCCUUUGCCCAGAAAACCAGGGCCAGCCAGCGGUGGAACCUCCUGGCACCAAAUCUGCAAACUGCCCUCCCCCGUCCCCACCCUGUCCUGUACUCGAGGUCAGCUGUCCCUCCGGCUCCAGCCUCCAUGCGGGGUCCUUCCUAGUAGCAUGUAAACUACGUGAAUGAGUCACCUGCCUCAUUAAAAAAACAAACCCCCUUCA